UCAGUCCUUCACUUUCUCUCUCUUCGAACCGUGGAAGCCUUUGCACACUAAGCCCUAGCCCCUUCGUCGAAUAGCUUCAUCUUCGUCUGACUCACCGUCGUCGUCUUCGUCUGCACUCUGGGUGUUUGUCGUCUUCGCCUGUCUUCUGCUCGCCGUCAUCCUCGUCUUUCCUCUGCUCGCGCCGUCGUCUUAGUCUGGUCAACGAAGGUCAGCACUGUGUGCUCACUGCUCUCUGUUCUGGUGAUUCUGCUCGCCGCCUCAAAUCGAAGAAAUGGGUGAGGAGGUGAAAGCAAUUAUUCCCGAGUCUGUGCUUAAAAAGCAGAAGAGGGAGGAGGAAUGGGCCUUGAAGAAAAAGGAGGAGCUUAAUGCUGCAAAGAAGAAGAGAGCAGAGAGCCGAAAGCUCAUUUACAGCAGGGCAAAGCAAUAUGCAAAGGAAUACCAGGAGCAGGAAAAGGAGCUGAUCCAAUUGAAGCGGGAAGCAAAGCUGAAAGGUGGAUUCUAUGUUGAUCCAGAGGCUAAGCUCCUGUUUAUCAUCCGCAUCCGUGGUAUCAAUGCCAUGGAUCCCAAGUCAAGAAAGAUCUUGCAGUUGUUGAGGUUGAGACAGAUCUUCAAUGGUGUGUUCUUAAAAGUCAACAAGGCCACAGUGAACAUGCUUCACAGGGUUGAGCCAUAUGUGACCUAUGGAUACCCAAAUCUGAAAAGUGUAAAAGAGCUUAUUUACAAGAGGGGCUUUGGUAAGUUGAACAAGCAGAGAAUUGCCCUAACCGACAACUCAAUCAUUGAGAAGGCACUGGGCCAACAUGGAAUCAUCUGCAUUGAAGAUCUUAUCCAUGAGAUCAUAACAGUUGGACCCCAUUUCAAGGAAGCAAACAACUUCCUUUGGCCAUUUAAGCUCAAGGCUCCAUUGGGUGGCUUGAAGAAGAAGAGGAACCACUAUGUUGAAGGAGGAGAUGCCGGAAACAGGGAGAACUACAUCAAUGAGCUUAUCAGGAGAAUGAAUUAGGCUGUGGGAUUCUGUUCCAAGCAUAGUGGAUUCGGUCUUUAUUGGCUUUUUUUAGAUCAAGGUUUAUUUUGGAAGUAGUACAUUUCUGACAUUGAUAAAAUCUUUAAGGUUUAUUUUGUUUUUCUUUUUACAAAACAGUUUGUUGAGUUGUCCUUUAAACAUCGGGUAUUAUCGGUUUAUAUGUUUUUUUAAUCCCGCA